AUGUUUAUUAAAAAUCCAGAAAAUCAAAAUAUUAUUGAUGGAAAAGCAGUGACUAGUCUUUCUAUAAGUGGUAAACCUGUAACAAAAAAUACUAUAUAUGCACAAAUGGCUUUAUUUUCAGGAUUGGGAUUAACAGAAAAAGAUUAUGAGAAUAAAAUAAAUACUAUAGAAGCUAAAUUAGAAGAUCUAUGUCCAUAUUAUAGUAGAAUCGAUAUAAUCUAUAGUAAAAAGCAAAAUGUUCAACCAACUUAUCUAGAAAACUUUAAAAAUAAUGAUAAUUCUAAUAAUACUCAAGUUCAAAAAAAUAAUUUAUCUAAUUAUAAUAGUAGCAAUAAUAUAAAUAAAGAAAAAGAGUUAGAAAAUAACAAUAAUUCUAAUAAUAUUCAAGAUCAAAGAAAUAAUUUAUUUAAUUUUAAUAAUAAUGAUAAUAUAGAUAAUGAGAGUGAAUUAGAAAAUAAUGAAUUUACUUUGGAUGAUGAUAAUGAUGAUUUAUUUAUAUCAAAUCAUAAAUAA